GCUCCUGCUCCACAUCAACAGAAAUUCUUUUUUUGUUGAGACGAAGUUUAAAAAAUUAAUUUCUUUAACGGUUUGAAGUUGAUUUUUAGCAACAAUAUCAAAAGCAUAUAUACCAUGUCAAACCCUAAAAGUGGAUUAUUAGACCAAAUACUAUUGGAAGAUAUUGCUAGAUAUUGUCCUCAUCAAUUCUUAAGUUUUCAUAAUUGUUUGUCAAAACCUGAUCCUGAUCCUGAUUUCUGUCAAAGUCAACAAGUUGAAUUAUCAAAAUGUAUAAAACGGUCAGUGCCUUCAUUUCAAAAGAUUCAAAAUGAAUGUAGAGGCAAAUUACAAGCUUAUGAAGCAUGUUUGAAGAUCAACAAUAGCAAGACAGAGAAAUGUUCUCAAGAUUUACUGGAUUUAAGAGAUUGUGCAUUUGGUACUUUAAAAUAGCAUGAAUGAAUGAAUGAAUUUAUAGAGUCGUGCACCAUCCAUGGUUGUAUGUACGGUUUAUUUAUUUCUUGUACUAUAGAUUAUUAACUUACCCUACUUAGCUAAGUUCUUUUGUAUUUAUUCAGUAGAUUAAUUAAAUUAAUAUUUGAUAAAAAAUUAGUUGUAGUUUUUCUUAAUUGUUCACUUGCUGAAUAAUGGGAUUCUUCAAUUUCAUGUUCAUGAUGUAAUAAUUCAUGUUCGAUAUCUUCUUUAUGUUUAAUUAACACAUCUGGAUCAUCUUUAGCAUGAUAUUUUUGCCAAUGAUGUUGUUCAUAUUCUAAUUCAAAAUCAAAAUGAUGACCUUGUCCAUAACCAAAAUCAGGUAAUUCUCCUCCAUUAUUAGAGAAUACUUUCCAUUCUUGUUGACUUAUAACUCCAUCUUUAUCAGCAUCAAUUAAAUUUAAAAUAGUG